AUGGCGGCCAUCAUCACCACUGGAAGUUCCCAACCCAUAGUCACGAUCACUCCAACUUCAACUUCAAAUUCUUCAGCGUUUCCCACGCUUUCCGCAGAUAGGACUUCGAGCUCAUUCACCAUCAGCACUUCCAUCACGAGCGCGUCGACAACAAGCAGCACGAGCACAAUUGCCACGAGCGCACCCAUACCAUCUGGGUCCAAUUCCAAUGGUUCAGCUCCUCCGUCAGGUCUGAGCACCGCAGCCAAAGCCGGCACAGCGAUUGGAGCUUUCCUCAUUAUCCUAAUUGGCACUUUCAUCGUUUUGUUCUGCAUCCGACACAGAAGAAGGAAGCGCAAUUCCAAUUCCUAUUCGCGUCCAGACGAUUCGACCUUCCUACCUUACGAGAAGGGCAUCGAUAUAUCAAACUCGCACGCCAAGCCAGAGCUACACGGCUUUUCCGCCGCCGCAACACAACAAGAAGGAACAGACACAUUACAUGGCAAGCCCGAAUUGGCCGCUGAGACAUACCCGAUCAGUCCCCGAAAUGGAAGCAGAACCGAGAACGCGCAUCUCCUAUCCACAGAAACGUCUACACAAUCAGACUCGUCGAGGAGCCAACAAGGUCACAUGCACAAUCACAGUAGCAGAAACAAUGGCAACAGCGAACUAGCAACAGACCUCAUCCCACCACCUCCACCAGACGAAACAAACAUCAACGUCCUCAAAGCCCAAGAGCGCGAACUUGCACAUCGCAUGGAAGUCAACGAAGAAGUACAAAGACUGAGGCACGAACAUGCCGCGCUGGUUGAUAGGAUAAGGGUUGCGGAGAUGAGGGCGAGAGAAGUUAAUCAGCAUUAG